GCGUAACCUUAGACACACGUAAGGCGAGGGCACCGCGCUGUUUCCGUUUUGAAGGUGAAGCGUAUUUAUCCUUGCUGCAAAGAUGUCAUCGCUUUCUGCUGCCAGUGUGGAAAACGUGGUAGAGGAGAAAAAGCCCCUGAAACCAUGUUGUGCUUGUCCAGAAACGAAGAAAGUCAGGGACGCCUGCAUUAUUGAGAAGGGAGAGGAAAACUGCACACAACUCAUAGAGGCCCAUAAAGACUGCAUGAGAGCGUUGGGAUUCAAAAUUUAAUUAAACUUUGUGUGUGUGCCAGUGUCUGGAUGCCUGCUGUGUAGUGUUGCCUCCUGAUCUUAUUUAUGACCCUAAUAAAAGGGAAUAUAUACUGCUUCAGAGACUCCCCAUAUUGUCCUGGAUUUUUUAAUAUGAAAAACUGUGGAUAUAGAAUAAUGUGUGAAUAAAAUGUUCUAUACAAAA